UGUGGUGUCUGGUUCCUUAAUGACAAAAUGACAGCGCCAACAGGAAACGGUGUCCCGAUAAGUACGCUAAGUCCCAAGUAUCUUCAUUCAAACUCCACCAGCCACGCCGGGCCCUUCAGUGCCAUUGCUGAGCUCAUAGACAAUGCCUAUGAUCCGGACGUCUGUGCCAGACAGAUCUGGAUUGAUGUUCCUUUUCUCAGAGGUCAACAAAUCCUCAGCUUUAUGGAUAAUGGAAAUGGGCUGGACUUUAAAACCAUGCAUAAGAUGCUCAGCUUUGGCUACAGUGACAAGAGUCCUGUGAAGGGCAGAAAGCCAAUUGGUAUGUAUGGCAAUGGGUUCAAGUCUGGAGCUAUGCGUCUUGGAAGAGACGCCAUCGUCUUCUCGAAGUCAAAGAGCACUUCCUGUGUUGGUAUGCUCUCUCAGACUUACCUGGAGGACACUCAAGCUGAGCAUAUUGCUGUACCUAUUGUCUGCUUUGAAGGGAGUGAACCAAACCUCAGUAUCAGAGAGGAUCAACGAGUCAGUCUGGAAGCGAUCCUGAAGUAUUCCCCUUUCAGGACAGAGGAAGAGUUGUUCACAGAGAUCAGAGCCAUCACUUCCCCUGGGACCAACACUAAAACUGGCACACGGAUCAUCAUAUGGAAUCUCCGCAGGACAUCUGUUGGAUCAACAGAGCUUGAUUUUCAGACAGAACGUUAUGAUAUCCAGUUUCCAUCUGAUUUUCCUGAGUCUACGGACGACAGUAUUCAACAGGCAGGCAGAGUGGCAUCACACAUCCCCAAGAGUUCUUACUCACUGCGGGCAUAUUGCAGUCUCCUCUACCUGAAGCCUCGGAUGCAGAUCCUUUUACGAGGAACAAAGGUGGACUCUCGGCUCAUCGCGAAGAGUCUGGCCUACACCAAAAAAGACUUCUACAAGCCAGCUUUCCUGAACAAAAAAAUUUCCAUCACUUUUGGUUACAACACCGAGAGUAAACACCAGUAUGGUUUUAUGAUGUACCAUAAGAACCGGCUCAUUAAAGCCUAUGAGCGUGUGGGCUGCCAGCUGAAGACCAACUACCAGGGCGUUGGGGUCAUUGGGAUCAUAGAGUGCGGUGAAUUUCUGGAGCCUACCCACAACAAACAGAGCUUCAAUGAGACAGAUAAGUACAGGAGAACCAUGAUCAAUUUGGGGAUAAAACUGGACGAUUACUGGAAGGAAAUGUCCCACAGGAGACAGGAAAAACAUCCAAGCGACACCACACCAGUAGAAGAUACUGUUAAGCUGCCGGAUCAAACGUGGGUGCGCUGUGAGGACUGUUUAAAAUGGCGCAAAGUACCUGAUGGAUUUAAAACCAAAGCAUCAGAUAAAUGGACCUGCAGUUUGAACCCUGAUCCUGAAUUCAGAGACUGCGACGUGGAGGAGGAACUUGAGGACUCUGAGGAUGAGCAGUCUGGAUACAAAAAGACGUAUAAACAAUCGAAAAAGCCCAACCAAAAGAAGCAGAGGGAGCAAAAACAAAAGGAACAAGUGCGUUUGGUUGUUGUGGCCAAAGAAAAGGAGGACCCCAAACUACAGCUGGAAGAAAUGACCCCGUCCAAAGCCUCACCCAGCCACACUAACACAGGGAGAAAUAGAUCUGAGUCACCACAGGAAGGUGCUGCAACAGCUAGUCCCUACCAGUUGAGGUCCUCCAUCCCACAAGUUGACUGCAGCUCCCCAAGAAGCAGCUGGGAGUCAGUCGAUGUUAGCCCCCCCCCCAAGGGCUAAAAGAACGCUUCCUCAAAAACCAACAGCAACCAAAAGACUGAGAGUUGAAAACCCCAGUCAGCAUCCCUCUGAGGCAUUGAAUAUGAGAGAUGAGGACCAGAGUAUAGAUGUGGACGUCCAUGCCCCCUGCACUGAGACACAUCAUCAAGAUACUGAAGAAGCUGCUGGACCUUCUUGGGCAGGUGUCUGUGAUGAAGAUCACACUCAGGUUCACAUGCCAGAGUCCAUGCAGUCAAACAGAAUCUCAGAUGAGGUUGAAAAAUUUACCCAACAGCUUCAACACAUGCAGAGCAGACUGCAGGAGCUGGUGGAAACAGAGGGGGGCUGCAACCACAGCCAGUUUGAGAGAGCCAUUCAGAAAUUCAAUGAGCUGAUUGUUUUACUGAAAACUGUUCCGACCCAGCACAAUACUGCCCCAGGUGAAGAAAGGGACAUGGUUGAUAAAGCGCUGCAGGUUGGAGGUCUGCUCCAGGGGCAUGAUCCGUUCAAGAAAGAAAGGGAUUAACUGCACUCAUAGUUUGGAUUAGCUUCAGCUCAUCGAGUGCCUUCUGGUCUCCUUUGUGCCGGCUCUGAACCUGGUCUGAGUGAAUCCUGAGAGUGAUGUUGAGAUGCUACAACAUGUGCUGUGUGAUGUGGAGUCCUUUGCACCUGAACGUGGAGCUGAAUGAGAAAUCAGCAGAUAUAUAAACCCUGAGUUAUAAAGCUGAUGGAGCAUAUAGCUGAGUUUAUGUGCCUCAUAUAUUAAAAUACAAACAGUCAGGGUUAAUGGUUUAUACUUAUCUAACUAUGGGUGCUGGUUUACAUUUUUUAUUGAUAUACAACUUCACUGUUUCUGAUUGAAUCUCAUUAUUUACAUGAAAACAUGUCUGCAUGUAAAGUUUCUAGAUAGAAUCAUGAAUCAUAAAUCCAUCAUUCUAAUGUAUCUGUCAGCUGUUUAAUAUUCAGUCAGUCAGUAAAUCUGCUCUGUUUUUCAGAUGUCUUUAGAUCUUUUCCUCUUGGGUUUGAAUGUUUUUAUGGAUCCUGCCAAAUAUGUGAUUAAAACCUUGGUGGUGUGUUGUCGUUGAUAUCCUAAUGCACCUUUGAUCAGACAAACCUGUAAGAUACAGCUGACUGCUUGCUUAUUGUAUGUUUCUGGGUGAUACAAAAUAAAACUUGUCUGAAAUAGUGAACAAGAA